AUGACAGUCACAUCUGGAUCGCGAGUUCUUGCUGGACCCAUUGGGGAUUGCUGCGUCCAGGGGGUCAAGCACUCGGGAGACCCUGCGGGAAAGUCAAUUUCGAUUGACAAUGUCCCCACUUAUCUCUCGGAACCACCAAGACCACAGGAAGGAAGGAAGAAAGUCGUCUUGUUCUUCUCGGACGUUUAUGGACCUUUCUACCUCAAUAAUCAGUUGAUCCAAGAUUACUAUGCGUCGCAGGGCUUCUAUGUGGUUGGGAUCGACUAUUUCUUUGGCGAUCCUAUCUACAUCCAUACAGAACCAGAUUUCGAUAGGGAUGGGUGGUUCACCAAGUCGAGGAAGCAGGCAGCAGAGGCCGUUCCCAGGUGGAUCGACGCUGUUCGAGAGGUUUACGGCCAAGAUGGCAUCUACAGUGCUGUUGGAUAUUGCUUUGGUGGCCCUUACGUCCUUGAAACCGCUGCUACGGAUAAGAUCGUUGCAGGCGCCUUUGCUCAUCCAGCAGGCUUGACUGAAGAUCAUUUCCGAAAUGUUACCAAGCCCGUUCUGCUCUCCCUAGCAGAAACCGACUUUACCUUCCCACCUGAAUCGCGAAGGCGAGCUGUGGAUAUCUUGGCUGAGAAGAAAGCGACAUACCACGUCCAGCUUUUUUCUGGAGUUUCGCAUGGCUUUGCUACUCGAGGAGACCCCGCUGUUGAGAAUACGAGGUGGGCUAAAGAAGAGUCAGCCCGGGGUAUCAUUAACUGGUUCAUCCGAUGGAGUUCGAAUGCCUUGGCUCAGAAGUAGAUUUAUAAGUACGUCCGUGAAGUUGCAGAAGACGCGAUUUGUGAUAUUGUAAACGCCAUUCAAACACGAUGAUACUAGGCCCGGCGCCAGACUUGU